AUGUCCACUGCGACCGUGACCCUCGCCGCCGCGCGAUCCCCGGGUGUCGCGCUUCUCAGCCUGCGCCGCCGCGCCCCCGCGGCUGCUCCCAUUCGCUUCCCCGGUCUCCGCGUCGGCUCCGGUUGCCGUCACAUCGCUAUGGCUUCCGCGGCGCAUGCCCGCGCCCCCACCGACCCGCUUCCUAAGGGUGCUGAUUUAUUUUUCCGGGCAGUAAUCUCGAACAUGGAAAAGGUUUAUUUGAGCAGGAAUCCUACAGCCAAAACCAUUCUGGAGCUUGUACGAUCUUAUGAUGGUGAUCACAUUUGUUAUGAUCACCUUGCUUUCCGGACAUUUGGGGUCAAUGGUUAUGGUAUAAAAUCACUUUCUGAAUUUUUCACUGAUUUUGGUUAUGUACCUCGCGAACAACUCAGAUUUCCAGCUAAAAAGCUUAGAGCACUAUGGUUUUCCCCGCCCACCAAUGGUGGCUACUCUGGAACUGGUACAUAUGGACCUUUGCCAAGGAUAUUCAUUUCAGAACUUCUUGUGGAUGAGCUGACUACUCAGAGCCAGGAAAUUAUACAUAAGUACAUUAAAACUUCUGGCAAUGGAAAUAAUCAUGCUGCUCUUGCAAGUACUUCUGGGGAGCUAACAUGGGAGAAGCCCAUCUAUUCAGAUUUCCAGAUUUUGUCUAGGGAAAGUGAAUAUGCUGCAUGGACUCUUGUUAAUGGCUAUGCACUAAAUCAUGCCACAGUUGCCACCCAUCGCCUAGAAUCAGAUAUCAGAAGUAUUAAUAAGUUCAACAAAUUUGUGGAGGACAAUGGCUUCAAGUUAAAUUCAGAAGGAGGGAUUCUGAAAGUCAGUCCUGAUGGUCUCCUUCAGCAAAGUUCAACAGUAGCUGAUUCAUCAUUGUUUAAGUUUGCUGAUGGAAUAACUGAAUCUAUUCCUCGAUCAUACAUUGAAUUUGCUGAACGUCUCCUGCUACCACAGUUCAAAGAUUUGCAAGAUGAAGAGGUGAAAGAAUACCACAGGCGUGAUGGUUUUGAGGUGGGCAAUGCAGACAAGAUAUUCGAAACACUUAUGGUUAUUGUAUUGGGAAUCCUUGGAGCUGUGAAAGCAGGUGGGCUGCCAUGCCGGGGUGAUGAAACUGUGCACUUAUCUUUCAAUAAGAUGUUUGUCCUCAGCGGGUGUAUGGUUUCCUGGCAUUCAUAUAUCAUUAAUUUUAUGCCUACUUUGUGA